CUCAGCUCCAUGGAUGGAUUGACCAAUCAACGCGCUGCUCAGACAAAAGUCAUCUGUUCAACUUCCUAGCGGGAAGCUGCUAUCUGGAACUGUCCUACGGACAGCAAGAUCAAUGAUAGAUACAUCAGCUAAACAGAGGAAGAUGAAACUAUCCCGAGCUGAAUAUAAAGAGAUAGCAAGAUGGACUGAACAGCUGAGACCCACCCGUCAGUGUAUGAAGAUGCUGAAGGAAAGAUUUCCAAAUCACUCGCAGUCCACUCUUCUGAGCAUCUUCUCCCUGGAGUACCAGAAACGAACCAAAAGAACAAUCUCAAGACACCAUGCACCAGAUGUUAUUGAAAGCCACUACCAAAGGUAUCUGAGUGAAGCCAAGGCACAUCCCACUGCUCCCGUCCUGCUGGAGCUGGCCAUUGAGGUGGAUCUGUCUCCUGCACUGAUGGCUCGUAUCAUCCUGGACAGAUUCCUUCAGGGCCUCGAGGGUGGAGUGUACUCUAAAACAGUCCUCAACAGCAUGCUCAAGGAGCCGUCGUUAAUUCCAGACCAAAUUUUGGCCAAUAACGUCUACCAAUGCACAAUAAAUGACUGCUGUUAUGGACCGCUGGUAGACUGCAUCAAACAUGCUAUUGGCCAAGAGCAUGAGGUGCUGCUCUGUGACAAACUGAAGGAGAGGAACCUUUCCUUUUUAGAUGAAAACCAACUGAGAGCUAUGGGCUACGACAAAACACCUGAUAUCAUCCUGGAGGUUCCCAUUGCGGUGGAGGGACACAUUGUACACUGGAUUGAGAGCAAAGCCUCAUUCGGAGACGACCACAGUCAUCGCAACUAUCUCAAUGAACAGUUCUGGAGCUACUGGAACAGAUUUGGUCCAGGCCUCGUGAUCUACUGGUAUGGUUUCAUAGGAGAGCUGGACUGUCAGAGAGACAGAGGUAUCCUGCUCAAAGACUGCUUCCCUACAGACAUUGUCACCCUGUGCCAUGCCGCCCAGCAGGACUGACUGCCACAAGAGCCAGAAUAAAGACAAAGAGUGAGAAAAGAUAAGGACUGGAGCAAAAAAAAAAGAUGGAAGGAAAGAGAGGAAGACGAGAAGGCGAGAAGGGUAGGAACAGGGGUGGAUGCUUAGAUCCGGAAGCAAUUUGGCUUUCCUGCUGUGUGAGACUUCUGGCAAAAAUCUGCCCUGAACUCCACCUGACCCUCUGUCUCUCCCUUUCUUCCUCUCUCCCUCCCUCCCUUUCUUUCACUGCCCCAAAGCAACCACAUGUAAAUAUACGCCAGCAUUUUGUAUAUCUGACAGCACGGGGUCACAUUCAUACCUGUGUGUGAAAACGCCGUCUUGGAGGCUUUCCUGGUUGUGGUCAGCUCCUGGCCCCUGGAUGGCCUCUCACAACGGACGGCCAGGGUGAGAGCCAGGGCCAAAGCAGGACAUAUGGCCCUUCGUUAUCACACCCAAAAGUCCUGGCCUUUGUCACUCCUUCCUCCUCUGCUCCAUAGGCAGAUAAGAGAGGUGCGGCCCGGGGGCUUGGUGGACGCCUGACUCUCACCUGCGUCAGUUAGUGCCCUUCCAUGGUUGUAAACAGGAUCAUUUCUGAUUUAAGCUGCUCACUGUGACCUUUUUCACCUUUCAUUAUAAAAUGUGUUGAGGGUAUAUUUUUCUUUUUUUUUGGCACACAUAACUAAAUUUCAUCACAUAAUUAUUAUCAGCAUUUUGUAUAUACUUCUUUAUUGUGAAACUAUAAAUUAAUUACCUGUAAUUGUUCAGAUUUUGGGUACAGUUUUUCACACAGCUCCCAAUAACCUCUUGUGAUGAGAUAACUCAACAGGUAUUUAUAUUUUACUCAUAGUCUGUACUGCAAUUAAUGAUUUCUUUCAUUAUUGAUUAAUGUGUUCAGUUAAGUAGUAAUCACAAAACAAUUGUUCACAUUUUGUCAACCAACGGUCCAAAACCCAAAGACAUUCAGUUUACAGUGAUAUAAAACAGAGAAAUGAGCUGAAUCCUCACAUAUGAGAAGCAUGUUUGGCACUUUCUGCCCUCACAAAUCAAAAAGAUGAAUUGAUGAUCAAAAUUUUAAAUUAAUUUUCUGUCUCUAUCGAUUAAUCAUUUCAGCACUGAUCAUAUAGUUCACAGGGUUAUUUAUUAGCCUUAAGUCUCUACUGUGUGCAUCCUAUAAGCUGUGUUAGCUAACAUUUGCUAACAUCAACUAGCAAGCCAAGUAGCCUGAAGUUAACAAUGUUUUCCACACAAAGGAUUAUGGCAUCCCAGAAAGCUGAGAUCACAGUCAAAUAAAAUGUGAAUUAAUUAGGUCUAUAUGUCCUUUCCAUGAGUGCACUGCAGCAUUGUAAAACAAUGUCCCACAGUUUAUGCUGUUAUCAGUUAAAAUAUGUUUGUGUGUUUAUUAUUAAUAAAUAAGUUUUCAUAAAUUA